GGUCGACUACUUUUUCUGGAACUCAUAUUAAUUUUCCGUUAAUAUCUUAAAUUUAAUAAUAAAGGAUACCAAUCUGUUAUACGGAUCAAUGACAUCAACCUUUAUUUAGUGAUCCGUGAUGCCAUAUUUUGUCCGCUUAAUUACGUAACGGGGAAUAAUAAUGGCCAAGGAACUCUGUGUGUUAAGGGGGUUUAAGGGGAUAUUUGUUCAGGUACAUCAGGUCCAUGUAUCUGCAGCUGUUGCAGCUGAAGCUGGGCAGAGGCUGAAGAAGUUUGAAGUUUAUCGAUGGAACCCAGAUAAAUCUGGGGACAAACCUCAGAUGCAGCAGUACACCAUAGAUCUGAACAUAUGUGGGCCCAUGGUUUUGGAUGCACUCAUUAAAAUAAAAAAUGAAGUCGAUCCAACACUCACAUUUCGGCGUUCUUGUCGAGAGGGUAUUUGUGGUUCUUGUGCUAUGAACAUUGGCGGGAUAAACACUCUGGCUUGUAUCAGCAAGAUUGACACCAAUCUGAGCAAGUCCACCAAGAUCUACCCACUGCCACAUAUGUAUGUCAUAAAGGACCUGGUUCCUGAUAUGAACAACUUCUAUACACAGUAUCGUUCAAUCCAGCCAUGGCUUCAGCGUAAGAAUGAAAAGAAAAGUGGAAGUCAUCAGUACCUCCAGUCAAUUGAAGACCGCAAAAAACUGGAUGGUCUCUAUGAGUGCAUCCUCUGUGCAUGCUGUAGCACAUCCUGCCCAUCCUAUUGGUGGAAUGGAGAUAAAUAUCUAGGACCAGCAGUUCUCAUGCAAGCAUAUCGCUGGAUCAUUGACUCACGCGAUGAAGAAACAGAAGCAAGGUUGGGCAGGCUGAAGGACCCAUUUUCUGUGUACCGUUGCCACACCAUAAUGAACUGUACUCGAACUUGUCCUAAGGGCUUGAAUCCUGGGAAAGCUAUUGCUGAAAUCAAAAAGCUGCUAUCAGGAAUAGCCAAGAAGGAUUUGCCAGGUCUAAAUACAGCUGCUUUGCAGAAUUAAAUGUACACUAAUGUGUUGUAAUGCUAUCGUGCAUCUGUGUUUAUUCAUUAUGAUGAAGUAAGAAACUGUAGAUCAGUAUCUGAACAAUAAACUGAUGUGCAUAUUAAGAUUUGGUAGAUGUGUUAUUGUAAAUAGAGUUUUCGUUAAGAUAAUGUAAGAAUGGACUACUUGGAUAUUUAAUCAAGUAACAGUUCUUUCUAAAAGGGAUAUUUUGUAGUUAAUAAAAUAUUUUGUAGCA